GAGAGAGAGCGAGAGAGAGGGGAAUUCCCUCGCGCAGGCAGAAGCGGCAGGGCGUGUUUCAGCUCCUCUGGCUCCCGGAAUCCACUGUUAGAGAUGUAGCCGAUACCUGUAACCGAGGGAGACCCGGCAGAUGCUGGAUUUAAGGACUACAUGCUACAACAAGCCUUCGGGUAUAUUUGUGGCGGGACCGUAAAUGUUUUUCAGUGCGGGGGUAACAUUACACUGAAAUCGCGCAGACUCCUUUUGGAAGACACUUCGUCCUGUUUACUCCAGUUGACAGAGACGCGCCUAUGGCUGAAGAGGGCAGAUGGCUCUGCGUUUAUAACAGGGCCACAACUUGGAUACCAACGGCAGUCAAAAUGGAGAGUUUACUCGUGGGGGUUAGUGAGCUGACCCCCCUUUAAAGUUUGUUGUUCUUACAGUCUAAAGAGAAGUCUCAAAAGAGAAGGCAACACCUUUCAUCUACGUCAGUGUGUCCCUCUCUCAGACAUGACGGGUCAGGCCCUAGGGAGACCAGGCGGCAGGGCUCACAUGGAUGACAACGCCGUCAUCUGCAUCAAUGUUGGCGGCUUCAAGAAACGUCUUCAGUCCGAUACUCUCUCCAGGUUCCCCGAGACCAGGCUUGCGCGUUUACUCCAAUGUCAGUCCAAAGAGUCCAUCCUGGAGCUGUGCGACGACUACGAUGACUCAGAGAGAGAGUUCUACUUCGACAGGAACCCCGCACUUUUCCCCUACGUGUUGAAUUUCUACAACACGGGGCGGCUGCACGUCAUGGCUGAGCUGUGCAUAUUCUCCUUCAGCCAGGAGAUCGAGUACUGGGGCAUCAACGAGUUCUUCAUUGACUCCUGCUGCAGCAGUUUCUACCACUGUAGGAAGAUGGACCAGGACCAGGACCGGGAAGAUUGGGAUGAGAGGAGCGAUGAAGGGAGCACCACUUCAUCUUUUGAUGAGUUAUUGGAGUUUUAUAGCGACGCCACCAAGUUUGACAAGCAGCUACUCGGGGGCGCAAGAAGGCGCGUGUGGCUCAUGCUGGAUAACCCCGGCUACUCGUUGGCCAGCCGCAUCAUCAGCAUCCUCUCUAUCCUGGUGGUGCUAGGCUCUAUUGCCACAAUGUGCAUGAACAGCAUGAGCGAGUACAGUCUGUUGGACAGUGAUGGGCAACCCACAGAGGACCCCCGUUUCGAGACUGUGGAGCAUUUUGGCAUCGGCUGGUUCACCCUGGAGCUGGUCGCUAGGUUCAUGGUGGCGCCAGAUCUCCGCCAUUUCUUUGAGUACCCGUUAAAUAUAAUCGACCUGGUGUCCAUACUUCCAUUUUACCUGACACUCCUUAUAAACCUGGUGGUGGAGAGCAGCCCGGCUCUGGCCAACCUUGGUCGUGUUGCACAGGUGUUAAGGCUGAUGAGGAUUUUCCGCAUCUUGAAGCUGGCCCGUCACUCCACAGGGCUCCGCUCCCUGGGGGCAACCCUCAGGAACAGUUACAAAGAGGUGGGCCUGCUGCUGCUCUACCUAGCCGUUGGGGUUUCGUUUUUCUCAGUCAUGGCCUACACGGUGGAGAAAGAGGACAGCGAGGACCUCUCCACCAUCCCGGCGUGCUGGUGGUGGGCCACUGUCAGCAUGACCACCGUCGGGUAUGGAGAUGUGGUGCCACUGUCCAUAGCGGGCAAGCUGACUGCCUCGGCGUGCAUCCUGGCCGGGAUCUUAGUAGUUGUGCUUCCAAUAACGCUAAUUUUCAACAAAUUCUCUCUCUUCUACAAGAGACAAAAACAGCUGGAGAUUGCAAUGAGGGGCUGCAAUUUUGAGGAGGGGAUAAAAGCGGUGCCCUCGGUCAACCUGCGGAACUAUUACGCCCAAAAAGUUAAAUCCUUCAUGGCGAGCUUGUCAAAUAUGAGCCGGAGUUCUCCCAGUGAACACAGUCUAAAUGAAUCCAUACACUGAAGCAAUUUGAUUCAGCUGUCCAUAGUGCUGAAUCCUCUUGGUCAGAAAACCACUUCCUUCCACUUAUGUCUGACUCUUGCCUCUCUGUAGCUCAGUGCAAUAAUGUGUUAAUAUAUUUGUCAUUCACAAUGAGAAAGUCAGAACAUGUACAAAACCACCUGCAUAGGAUUUCUCACUGUGCAUUAUUAUGGCCCGUCACCGAAUAGGCCCACGCUGUAGUCCAUCCUCCAGUUAGACUUGUUUUCAUCAAAUAUGUCAGAAAGUAACUCUAGCUAUAUCUCUUUUGAAAGAGUGUUGAUGUGUAAUUACGUUGCAACAAGAUUACUUCAGAUGUGUGGUUAAAGCAAACUAUUAAACACAAAUGCAUAAA